GGUCAGAGACUGCAGACAUACUACAGGAGAUGGUCAGAGACUGCAGAUGUACUACAGGAGAUGGUCAGAGACUGCAGACCUACUACAGGAGAUGGUCAGAGACUGCAGAUGUGCUACAGGAGAUGACCAGAGACUGCACAUGUACUACAGGAGAUGACCAAAAACCUUUCAGCAAUGCCCAGCUUUACAGCUGGUGAACAACAACAGCUCAGGAUUUAAGAUAACAGUCCAUAGGCAGUCUACAGGGGAAGCACCUACCUGGCCAGGCAGACGCACCAUCCACUCUCAGAGGUCCGGGGGCAGAGCUCCCACACAGAU